UGUGUCCUUACAGGAUAGCAAAAAAAAAAUGUGUUCAAAAUAUUUUGUGAUCUGUGCUGUAUUUUUUUUCUGUGGAGUGAUUUCGGUAGCGUCUUUGAAAGUGGAUUCGCCUGGUGUUUGUGUUGCGACCAAACAAGUAAGGAAGACCAGAUAUACUUCAGUGACCUUCGUGAAAUGGUGUGCUCGAGGAAGAAGAUGUACAGCUGUCAAGAAGAAACCUAUAGUCUACACAAAGGCAGAACGUCAAACAGUUUGCUGUAAGGGAUGGGUCUACGAAGCGACAAGUGACUCUUGCGUGCCAUCUUGCAGUACCGGCUGCUAUGGAGGUCGUUGUGUCGCGCCAGACCAAUGCGUGUGCGACCCACCGACCAUACUCGACCCUCAACACAACAAUACUUGCGUUACACCAAUAUGCCUGUCAAACCAACACUCUCCCUGUGUUAACAGCGAAUGCCAGAACAACACUUGCAUCUGCAAGCCAGGAUAUGAUCGAUACAACACGACGCACUGCUACCACUGUGAACGAGACUACCAGAUCGAUGAGGACUUCACAUGUAGGCUACAUUGUGACCCAGGAUAUGCUGUAAAUGGAGACCAGUGUGAACCCGUGUGCUAUACGUGUGUAAACGCGAAAUGUGUGCUACCAAACGUGUGUCAAUGCUAUGAAGGUUACCACGGUUUUGGGGAUGUGUGUGAACCUAUAUGUAACUGUACAGGUAGAUGCAUAGCGCCCAAUGUGUGUGAGUGUCCUGAAGGGUUUAGGAAUAUAAGUGGACAAUGUGAACCGAUUUGUGAUGGGUGUGUAAAUGGAGUGUGUACAGCUCCUAAUGUAUGUACGUGUCAUGAAGGUUUCGCCAAGAAUACAAAAGGCGAGUGUUAUGAUUGUGAAAAGUCGUGUACAAAUUGUGAUGAUGCUGGGAACUGUUUGGACAAUUGUACGGCUAUACCAGAUCCGAAGACCAAGCUAUUAAGGAACGCGUGCUGUGAAAACUAUUUCUUCAAACAUACGACUCAUUCUUGUGAACCUAAAUGCAAAGAUGGUUGCUUGCGAGGGCGGUGCGUCACGAUAAACCAUUGCACGUGUACACCACCCUUGAUUCUGCACAAUAACAAUGAGUGCAUUGACCCCCCGCCUAAAUGCGAUAGACCUUGCACAAACGCCAACUGUACAGCCACGAACACAUGCACAUGCUACGAUGGAUACGAACAUUCAGAUGCCUUCACUUGCAUCCCCAAAUGUACUCCAUCUUGCGUACACGGGACCUGCGUCGCGCCGAAUAUAUGUGCAUGCUACCAAGGCUACACGAUGAACAAUAAUUCCGAAUGCGAACCAGUCUGCACAAGCUGUGAGAACGGCAAAUGUACAGCACCAGAAACAUGCGAAUGUAAUGCCAACUAUCAAAAGAUAAACGACAAAUGCGAACCGAUCUGCCAACGACCUUGUGAAAAUGGAAUUUGCUCUGAACCAGAUAAGUGCGCUUGUCAUGUCGGUUAUGAAAGAGACCCGCUAGAUCCGUAUAUCUGCCGGCGGACUUGCGACACUCCAUGCGUCAACGCUUCCUGUGUAUCGGGCGUUUGUAUUUGCCACCCUGGUUACUCAGCAGUUAAUUGGUCAUCCUGCGCUCCAAUCUGUGAUGAUUGUGCUCACGGAGACUGUAUAGCUCCUAAAACAUGCAAAUGCCACGAGGGUUAUACUUUAGAUGAUGGAAAGUGCAAGCCAACUUGUAAACGAGGUUGUGUGAACGGCUCCUGCAUUGCUCCGGAUCAAUGCGAAUGCUCAGAGGGAUAUAGAAAGACUAAAGAUAUUGCUAUAUGUGAACGCGAUGAGCCCAUUUGUGGGAAUUGCGAUAAUGGGAGGUGCGUAUCACCGAACGUUUGCUUCUGUAACGAGGGCUAUAUAAUGGUGGAUGGCUCUUGUAAAGCGACUUGCUCGAAGCCCUGCGUUAAUGGAGAGUGUGUCGAGCCGAACAAAUGCGAAUGCCUCGAUGGCUUUAUUCGAAACGAAACAGAUGUGACGUCAUGUUACAAGACGUGCUCGUGCGAAAACGGGGCGUGUGUGGACGGUGAAUGCAUCUGCAAUAGAGGGUUUGAUUUGGUGAACGAUACCUGCCAGGAAAUUAAGCCAAUUGACUGCAACAGUUGUGAUGGCGCCUGUCCUGAUGAAGCCUGUUGGUGUGUGGAUGGUAGACCAUGUUAUAAGGUCAAGAACAGCGCUGAAGAAUCUUCAGCCGUAAGGUUGGCUGGCCUCGAGAUAGGAUGGCUGCUGGGAGGCUGCGUGGGAAUCCUGCUGGUGACCGCGAUGAUCUUCGUCAUAGGCCACAUCUGGAGGAAGCGGCGCGAGUGUGGAACGGAAACGUUGGCCAACGGUGAACUCGGUAAUAAUCCUUGGAAUGGCAGCGUCCUAUUUGCAGCUCCGGAAACACUAAAGAAGCGAAAUCUUAGUUUGCACGAUAUUCAUACAAAUAUCGAUGAAGAUGACGAAAAUACAGAAAUUGAUCCUCUCGCCCCUGCUGUAGUUUCAGAUCAUAGAUUAUAACGUAGUCAUAUAGACAUAGUAAAUAUAAUAGGUGCUAUCUAAGAGAUCUGAUUGGUUGAAUCUUACGUCAUCGAUGCACGUGAUUGGUCCGUUGCUGCACAUGACAUUUUUGGGUAUUUAACUUUUUGUUGGUAUUGUUUAUAAUACUGCAUCGAUAUAUAGAAACUAAAAUGUGGAAUUUUUGUUGGAUUUUAUAGCUUAUUAGAUUAAACUAGAAAAGUCAAUUUUAGUGACCUGAUAGAUAUAAUAAUUUUGAUAAUGUCCUUGAAAAUAUAAUUAUUGAAACGAAAUUUAUAGUAGAAUGGGACGCGAACGUUACUUAUUAGACGAAACAACGAAUUACGAAAUUAAAUACAAAAUGAUGAAGAGCCGUUGGUUUAAAAUGCAAUUUUAAAAUCAAUGGUGUCAUUAGGUAAUAGUUAAAAAUAACUUUAUAUAGGAGUGAAAGCUGUGACAAAGAAGGUUCUGUAAAUACUGACUGCUGCAUUCAGAAACGUUUAACGAUUUUCAAUAUUAGAGACAUAAUUAUGUUUGUAUUAUACUUAUAAAUUUCAGGUUAGGUAGAGACUUAAUUUAGUAUGGAUUAUAAACUACUUUGAGAGACAGAUAAAAGAAGAACAAUUAUGAAUUUCUGAACCUUUCUGAGUGCACUGAAUUAAAACUGUCGUUCUAAGAGAACUCAUAAUGUUUCUAGAAGGUUCUGUGUGAACAGCAUAAUAUUAUUGUAAUUAAGUAGAUAUAAGGUUGAUAUUUAAUAUCGCUCGAAUUAAGUUGAAUUUAUAUAGAAACGCUAGAUUUUAAAUAGAUAUUGUUUUAACAAACAGUUUUUAAUAUGACAGAUAUUUUGAGAGAUGAGAGAUAUACUGAUACAGUUGCUGAAAUACAUUUUAACUUAAGUGAAAUAGGACACAUCUAGAUGUUGUGAAUUGUUCGUAUAACAAACACUCUUUUUUAACAAACAUCUCUUAACAAUAAUCCAAGUAAAUUAAGAAGAGUGAUUAUUUUUAGAGUAAGUACAAUAUUUUUUCUUAAAACGGGUUUUUCCAUAAAGUUACGUUUUGUAUUAUCUGUACUUUCCAGUGAAAAUGAAUCUUAAAUCAACUUAUUAGGGUCCUUUUAAAUAAAUACGUAAUAUUUAUUGUUUCAAAUUUGCCCUCUACGUUUUCAUUUCACCUGUAGUUUUCUUUUUCAAUUCAAUUUGAAAAAUAGAGAUUAUCUUAUGUUAUUACCAUGGCCAAAUAGAUAAAAUUUUAUGAAUAAUUAACCGAAAAUCUACCUUGAUUUAUUUUUGUCAUCUAUAGCUCUAACAAGGUGAUCUUUGUUUUGCGCAGUAGUUUUUUGGAAAUCAGUAAAAACUGACUAAAAUUUUUGAAUGAACGUAUUGAUUUUCAUAUUUAUUUAUUUAUUUUUAUUUAUUUUUAUUUAUAAAGCAUGUCGCUCUUUGUAUAUUUCUUGUAAAUUGCCACUUGUUGAUAGUUUCUCUUGUUAAUUUUUAUUCUUUAUUACUUAAAGUGAAAUGUAAUUCAAAAUUUGUUACCCUAAUAAAGAUCGAUAAUUUUAAA